AUGAUCAUCACUCCGCCUGAUGAGCUAACAACAAGUACGCCUGCGCCGACGAUGUUCAUCACUCCGCCUGACGAAGUAGCAGCAAGUACGCCUGCGCCGACGAAGAAACGCCUUGGGAUUCACAGAGGAACACCCCAGACCGUUGAUAAACUGAAGAAGCCAUUCGGGCUUACUCUGAAUGAAGAUAAGGAGAACACUUAUCCCACGCCUCCUGCAAAAGCAUCGGCUCCUCAAGGCUCUCAGCGUCUUUACACCCCUCAAUCCGUGGACAAGCUCGUGAAACCCUUCAGAUGUCCAGGAUCCGCGACUAUCAUACGCGCAUCCGUGAAGCCGGCGCGAAAGCGAAGAAAGGUUGACUAUGGAGGUGCGGAUGGAGAACAGGAGGAUGGAGAUAAACCCUGGACGAACGAGGAUCGAUUGGCCCUUGCGAACAGAGAAUCGAACAAGUUCCCGGUAUUCCAGGUCAAGGACAAGGACACGAUGUUCAGAAAGGCAUUCGCCGUUCCGCUGGCAAAUAAGAGCCUCCCAUCCUACAAUCCGAAUCGACCUCCUCCCACUCUCGGUCUCAGGCAGGGAGCAGUCUUCAUUGCAAAGCCGCUACAUGAUCCCAGUGGCGAGUUCGCAAUUGUCCUCUACGAUCCGACCAUCGAUGAGAAGCCUAGGACCAUUGAGGAGGCUAGGAAGGCUGAAAGUGGUGAACCACCAAAGAUAAAGGAGCCUCUCGUACACAAGUCACUGGCGGAGAUUCUGGGAAUCAAAAAGGUUGUCGAGAGCGAAAGGCCGAAGGUUCCUGUUGUCAUUGACCCUCGACUAUCGAAGGUUCUACGGCCCCAUCAGAUCGAAGGUGUGAAAUUCAUGUACCGGUGUGUUACUGGAAUGAUCGAGGACAACGCAAAUGGUUGCAUUAUGGCCGAUGAAAUGGGUCUCGGCAAGACUUUGCAAUGCAUUGCCCUGAUGUGGACGCUGUUGAAGCAGUCUCCUGAAGCUGGAAAGCCCACAAUUCAGAAGGCUAUUAUUGCAUGCCCUUCUAGCCUGGUGAAGAAUUGGGCGAACGAACUUGUCAAAUGGCUUGGACCAGAUGCUAUCCAGCCAUUCGCUAUCGAUGGCAAGGCUUCCAAAGAGGAACUGCAACAACAACUACGACAGUGGGCUAUCGCCAGCGGCCGAUCGGUUACCAGACCAGUUAUCAUCGUUUCCUACGAGACUCUGCGGCUUAAUGUGGAGGAGUUGAAGAACACGAAGAUUGGACUCAUGCUCUGCGAUGAAGGCCAUCGGUUAAAGAACGGCGACAGUCAGACCUUUACGGCACUCAACGGCCUCAAUGUAUCGAGAAGAGUAAUCUUGUCCGGAACACCAAUUCAGAACGAUCUUACAGAGUACUUUUCACUCAUCAGCUUCGCCAAUCCUGGCCUCCUCGGCACGCGGAUGGAAUUCCGCAAGAAGUACGAGUUGCCGAUUCUCAAAGGACGAGAUGCUGCGGGAAGCGACAAGGAUCGUCAGAAGGGUGACGAUACUGUGCGCGAGCUGCUAGGCAUAGUCAAUAAGUUCAUCAUCAGACGGACCAACGAUAUUCUAUCCAAAUAUCUACCAGUCAAAUACGAGCAUGUGGUAUUUUGCAACCUGGCUCCUUUCCAGCUCGACCUAUACAACCAUUUCAUCAGUAGUCCCGACAUCAAGGCUUUGCUUCGAGGCAAGGGAAGUCAGCCUCUCAAGGCUAUUGGAUUACUAAAGAAGCUUUGCAAUCAUCCGGACUUGCUCAACCUUCCGGAAGACCUACCUGGAUGUGAUAAGUAUUUACCCGAUGACUACGUUCCGAAGGAAUCCCGAGGAAGAGACCGAGAUAUCAGACCAUGGUACUCAGGAAAGAUGCAAGUCUUGGAUCGAAUGCUUGCACGGAUCCGCCAGGACACGAACGACAAGAUUGUCCUGAUUAGCAAUUACACACAAACCCUUGACAUGUUUGACAAGCUUUGUCGUGAUCGAGGUUAUGGUAGUCUUCGCCUUGACGGUACGAUGAAUGUAACCAAGCGACAAAAGCUUGUAGACAGGUUCAAUAACCCUGAGGGAAGCGAAUUCGUCUUCCUCCUUAGUAGUAAAGCCGGAGGAUGUGGUCUCAAUCUUAUCGGGGCGAACAGACUCGUUCUCUUCGAUCCAGACUGGAAUCCUGCCGCUGAUCAACAAGCUCUUGCACGAGUUUGGCGUGAUGGUCAGAAGAAAGACUGUUUCGUGUACCGCUUUAUCGCGACAGGAACGAUUGAGGAGAAGAUAUUCCAACGGCAAUCGCACAAGCAAUCAUUGUCUUCAUGUGUCGUUGAUUCCGCCGAGGAUGUGGAACGUCACUUCACUCUUGACAGCUUGCGUGAGCUGUUCCAGUACCACGGCAAGACCACCAGUGAUACGCACGACACGUUCAAGUGCAAACGGUGCAAGCCCGAUGGAAAGCAGUACAUCAAGGCUCCGGCAAUGAUGUACGGUGAUACGAGUACAUGGAAUCACUUUGUCAAUGAGGGACUGAAAACGAUCCAGGAUUUGCUGCUGAGACAGGAGUGUGGGGACGAAGCUGUGUCUGCUGUAUUCCAGUAUAUAUCCCAUUAA